AUGAUGUAUUAUAAAGGAACAAAUGAAGGGAUGAGAAGAUUUGUUGACACCGAUGGAAAUUUGGUGUACAAACAACAACUUCCCAAACUAGCAGAACCCGAAAGAAACACGCUUUUUGUCGACAUGCGAGACGUCCAUUCAUACAGUGCUACUCUCUACGAAACGAUUGAGUUACAGUUCUACAAGCUCUAUCCUUAUAUGUGUGAAGCCCUACAACUAGCCGCUAUCGACAGUUGCGCUGAAGAUGUUGAUCGUCAGCGUAUGUUACGCAAGGAAGUAUAUGUCUCUUUCAAAGGCCUUGAAAAUCGCGUCAAUGUGCGAGAGUUGACAGCUGAGAAGAUUGGCGCAAUGGUGUGCAUCAAUGGUCAGAUUGUGCGAACUCACCCUGUUCAUCCAGAACUUAGCCGUGCGACUUUUGUUUGCGAGGAUUGCGGUGUCACCACAAGAAACGUACUGCAACAAUUCAGAUAUACUCAGCCUUCACGCUGCACCAAUCCGCAAUGCAUGAACAGAACGAGGUUCAGUCUUGAUGUAGACGACUCAUCAUUUGUCGAUUUCCAGAAGAUAAGAAUUCAGGAAACUCAAGCAGAACUGCCUCGCGGUUCGGUGCCUCGUACAUUUGAUGUCAUCGUUCGUGGUGAAAUGGUUGAGUCUGUGCAGCCUGGUGAUCGUUGUAUGCUAACUGGCACACUUAUAGUCAUUCCAGAUAUCGCUCAGUUGAGCACACCAGGUCUCAAGGCUGAAACUGGUGGUGGGAAUCGUGGUCGUGCUUCUGAAAAAGAUACGGGGCUGACUGGGCUAAAGGCACUUGGAUUCGGUGGCAAGGACUUCUCUCAUGAAAUGAUUGAUAGUCUGUCUUUAUGGAAGUCAAUGUCUCAACAAGAACAAGCAACGUUGAAGGCAAUGAGUGAAGAUAAGCGUAUUGCCGAGAAUCUGAUAGACAGCCUAUUUCCUAACAUCUACGGAAACGAGGAGGUUAAACUAGGUGUACUGCUGAUGCUGUUUGGAGGGGUGGCGAAAAGAAGUAGUCAUGAAGGAACUACUCUUCGUGGUGAUAUCAAUGUUUGUCUUGUUGGGGAUCCGUCUACGGCAAAGAGUCAAGUUCUAAAGACUGUUGAAGAGUUCUGUCCACGCGCCAUUUACACAUCAGGCAAAGCAUCUUCUGCUGCUGGUUUGACAGCUGCUGUAGUCAAGGAUGAGGAAUCGUUCGAGUUUGUAAUCGAAGCGGGCGCGUUGAUGUUAGCAGACAAUGGGGUCUGUUGUAUUGAUGAAUUCGACAAAAUGGACCAAAAAGAUCAAGUGGCCAUUCACGAGGCUAUGGAGCAGCAAACUAUCAGUAUAACAAAGGCUGGCGUAAAGGCCACACUCAACGCUCGAGCUUCUAUCUUGGCUGCUGCGAAUCCAGUGGGAGGUAGAUAUGAUCGCUCACGACCUUUGAAGCACAACGUACAGCUGUCGGCACCGAUCAUGAGCAGAUUCGACUUAUUUUUUGUACUCAUCGAUGAAUGUAAUGAGGUGGUUGACUACGCUGUAGCUCGUCGUAUUCUCGAUAACCAUCGUGCUAUUUCUGAUCAUCGCCCACGUGAGACCAAAUAUACCAUGGAAGAGAUUCAGAAGUACAUUACGUUUGCAAAAUGCUUCAAACCACAGAUUAGCCCAGAAGCAGCUGACGCACUGGUUACUGCUUAUAAACGUCUACGAAUGAAUGACAGUAACAAUGCAGCAACGUCAUCGUGGAGGAUUACAGUGCGUCAACUCGAAUCGCUCGUGCGUCUGUCAGAAGCCUUAGCUCGUUUACACUGUGCUGCACAGGUCAGUGUUGAACACGUGAACCAAGCUUCAAAAUUGCUAAGCAAGUCAAUUGUAAGAGUCGAGCAACCGGAUAUUGCACUCGAUGACGAUUUUGAUGCUGAUGAAAUAAUGGAAGUCGAUGGGGAUAAAGAAAACGAGACUGAUGCCAUGGAAUCUGAUGAAGCUGAAGGAAAGCGCACCAAGAUUGAUCAUGCUAAGCUGAAGAUAACGUUCGAGAAGUACAAACAUCUUGCCGAUAUGCUCGUGCUCCACAUGCGUUCCGAUGAAGAGGCUGUGGCUGAGGAAGACUAUGAAGGUGUUCGGCAAGAUUCACUGAUUGACUGGUAUUUGGAAAUGAUCGAAGGUGAUUUGGAGACGGAAGAAGAUCUGCUCAUUCAACGCACCAUCUGCCAUCGAGUUAUUCGUCGGCUUGUAACUGAAGAUCAUGUCUUGAUUGAAAUGGAUUCGGACGAGAAAAACCCUUUGCUGUGUGUUCACCCCAACUACGUCGUUACAGAUCAAUGA